UGGAUAGGACGCUGAAAAAGGGGAAAAAGUAUGGAAGUUUUUGAACGAUACUGGACUCAAUGAGAGAUUGUAAUUGAAUUAUAAAAUGAAACUGAAGAUGGCAGUAUUGCAACACAGACGGAUGCCAGCUGCCGUAAAACUGAAGAGAAGAAGAAAAAGAGGACAUGCGCACGGACUCGUCGAAGAAUCCCGUCCGGACCCGCAACAAUGCUCAGGUGUCUCCGUGGAAACUUCCGGACAUGUUCUCAGAUCCACCAGAGGUCCUCUGAGAGUCCACUCAGGAUCCAUUGUGCUCUGCUGGCUCAGGCCAGGUUUUUGUCUCAAGGUCAGAGGUCGUCGGCCCAGGUCAAGUUGAGGACACGUGUGGCGGCGACGCUGCUUUUUGGCGGCGGGCUGCUGGCGGCGUGGGCCUACGUCCACGCGGAGAAGGGACAGAGGGACAGGAGGCAGCGUCUAGACCAGCUGCGCCAGGUGGCUCUGGGCCAGGGGAACUUCAGCCUCCUGGACCAGGACGGGCGCCGCCGCACCAAGCGCGACUUCUCGGGCCGCUGGGUGCUGCUCUACUUCGGCUUCACGCACUGUCCCGACAUCUGCCCGGACGAACUGGAAAAGAUGAGCGCCGUCGUGGACGUUCUGGACCGGGACUCGUCUCUACCGUCGGUCCAGCCCGUCUUCGUCACCGUGGACCCGGAGCGCGACGACGUGGCGACGCUGGCGCGCUACGUCAAAGACUUCCACCCUCGCCUGGUGGGUCUCACCGGCACCGCCCAGGAGGUGAAGGACGCGGGCCGGGACUACCGGGUGUACGCCAGCGCCGGCCCCAAGGACGACGACGGGGACUACAUCGUGGACCAUACCAUUCUCAUCUACCUGCUGAGUCCUGAUGGCCUCUUUGUGGACUACUACAACCGCAUGAAGACCCAGGAGCAGAUCACGGAGAGUGUGCGGAACCAAAUCAAGAACCACCACUUGCUUUUUUCUGAUGCAUGACCGUGUGCAAUGAAUUUGUUUGUUUGUUGUAAAAUAUGUGGAUGGAGAGGGGGUGUGGCGUUCAUAUCUUGUCAAUAUUCAGUGUUUUAUCCUUCAUAGUUAAUAUUGUAAAUACCACAUUCUUUAUUUUCAUGUACAUUCUACACUGCAAAAACUGAAAUCUAAGUAAGAUUAAAUAUCUCAAAUAAGGGUGAUAUUUGCUUAUUUU